AUGGCAACAUCAUUUAUACGCGAUUCACCAUACUUAUCAAAAGAUCGUAUAACCGAUAUAGCACACCCAGAACUUACUGUAUGUUCUUUGUGUAAUGGACUUCUCUGGUUACCAGUAGCCUGUGAAAAAUGUGAAACAUCAUUUUGCACAUCUUGUAUUAAAACAUGGAGAAUAGAAGCAGAAGAUCCUCGUCUUUGCCCAAAAUGUUCUACUGAAUAUAUUCAACGUCCAUGUCCUGGAGCAAUUAUUCAUAUUUUAUCAACCUUCAAUAUAAUUUGUCAUUACAAGCCACAUGGAUGUUCUGCGAUUGUGCCAUAUAAAAGUCUUGAAACACAUGAAGAAACUUGUAAUUAUCGACAAAAAACAUGUCCAGGAUGUGAAGAAAAAAUAAUUAGAAUGCAUUUUAAUGCGCAUUAUUAUACAUGUCCAUCAGUUUUAUUAACAUGUCCAGAAUGUAAUAGUAUUUAUCAACGACAAAAUGCAGAUCAACAUACGGACUAUAAAUGUUUACGUGUUCAAUUAAAUCAAUUGCGAGAUCAAAUGAUGAGAAUUGAACAAAUACAAAAUGGUAAAUUAAAUCUAUUAGAAAGUCAAAUAAGGCAUCUUAUUGAAACGAUUGAACAAAUAGUUAACAGGUAA